ACGAAAUUCUCCUGCGCAGGCGUGAAGUCUCUCUACGCAUCGUCGUGGUGGUGUAAGAUUGUAGAAAUUGUGAAUUCUAAUUGAGCAGCUUAUAUUUAAUAAAUAUUUAAUAAUGUCACCACCACCGUACAGUGACUUGGGCAAAAAUGCCCGUGAUGUUUUCAACAAAGGUUAUCAUUUUGGACUUCUGAAAUUGGAUUGCAAGACAAAAACUAGUUCUGGUGUUGAGUUUUCAUCAGGCGGUUCUUCAAACCAAGAUACAGGAAAGGUUUUUGGGUCACUGGAGACCAAAUACAAAGUACCUGAUUAUGGUCUUACAUUCUCAGAGAAGUGGAAUACGGACAACACUCUGGCAACAGAAAUUUCAAUUCAAGAUUAUGUUGCCAAGGGACUGAAAUUAUCAUUUGAUAGCUCAUUUGCACCCCAAACAGGGUAAGUACAAUAUCUAAAGCAGAUGUUGCC